UUGAUGGAAUGGAAUCAAGAACAUUCUCCAUCUUUUCUUGCUAGCUAGCUAGUAAAUUCUUCAUGUUUGCUAGAAACCGUACUCCUUAAAAUAUGUAAUGCUACGUAGAAAUGAAUGUAAGAAAAUGAAGACGAAAGAAGAGAUUUUGUAUUGGUGGAAAUUUAUAUGCUUUAUGGGGAAAAAGCAAUGUUUUGGGAUGCGAUGCCCAAUAAUAUUGUUUUAGGAAUUUGUUUGGAUUUAAUUAAUUUUUGUAAGGGAAAUAAUUUUUUUAUUUUAUCCGAAGAGCAUACAAAGGAAUAUGUCAAUGCAUCUUCAUCUUCAUCUUCCUUCCACAACCUUUCUUUAUCACAUUCUCCAACAAUUUGCAUUUCGGUGCUCAUCACAUCAUACUCUAUUCUUCAGUAUCAUACUUAUCAACUUUAGCAUGUAACAAUUAUAAAUAUACAUCAUAAAUCAUAUUGCAAUCAUCAAAAUUAAUAUUAUAUAUAUAUACACACACACACCUGUUAAAGUUUUGUUAAAUAAAUUAAUAAAAGGAUUGGAACACUGGUAUCUUAUCAAAUUAAUCUUGAGGAUGUUCUAUUAUGUAUAAACAAAUCUCAAAAUGAUGCCAUGCAGCGUUCCGUACAAGUACUAUUGGUGCUGAUUAAAUUAUUAAACCUGUUUUCUGUUAAAUUACUUUGGUGGGAUAUUUAGGAUGCCUUUGAUUAAAUAACAGAAUUAAAUACUUUGUAAUUUCUUAUCACACAAAUGCUUGACUGAAGAUUAAUAAUAAAAUUUAUUAUAUUAAUAAAUUUGAUACGUUUCUCCCAUGAGAAGAAAAAGGCACUGACAAUCUUUUUCUUCUUCUUUGUCUGAAUAUGUGCCAAAAUUGUUUGAGUGAAAUUUCUGCAUAUUUAUUACAACGAAAUACUAGCAGAUAAAACUUCCUAAAUUAUCAGUAUUCUUUGUAGAUUGCAUCAGAAGGUAAAAACAGUUUUACAGUAUUAUUUAAUUAAAAGCAACCAUACAUAAUCAAUUUAUAAAUUGCCAUAAUAAUUAAUUCAAGAAUCACGAUUUUUUAUUAACUAAUCAAUCAAAAGUUUUAUAUAGAUAAUACACAUAUCAAACUCAUUAUUCUACCAAGACAAUUUGUUAAAUAUUGCUGUUUGGUCUUUGGAAAAAGAAUUACCUGUGAAAGAUUGAAUUUUCCUUCGCAUAUAAUAAUGAACUUUUUCUUCUUUACUCGACAUGAAAUUUAGAUUCAGAAUUGAAUUUUCUUGAAUUUUGUAAUAAAAUUAGACUGAGUGGUGUUAUUUUUUUCCAAUAAAUUUCCCUAAAAAACCAUUAGUUAUAAUUGACGAAAGUUGGUGAUGAAUGAGAGUGUUAGCAUAUGAGAAGAUGCACGUGAUGUGUUGUUUAUAUCUAAAGUGGAUUCAAAUUAACAAUCCAUCCCACCACGGAGGGCAUGUGUGUCUGUGUUAGUGUUGAAUUGAGGUGCUAUAUAAACCCCUCCACACCAUGCCAUACCACACCACACUGCACCAUUUCCUUUGCAAUUUUAACUACAAUACAAACUUCGUUUUUGUUUUUCCUCUCACAUUUUCUGAUUAUGGACAAAAUCCAUUCCCACAGGCAGGUAGCUGUUAUCAAACACUCCCUCUUCGAUCAGGGAUAUUUGGAUGAGCAGUUUAUCCAACUGGAAGAAUUGCAGGACGAUGCUAAUCCUAACUUUGUUGAGGAAAUUGUUACUCUUUACUACCGUGAUUCUUCUAGGCUUAUCUCAAACUUGGACCACACACUGGAAAGGAACCCUCUGGAUUUCAACAAGCUGGACACAAUUAUGCACCAGUUUAAAGGAAGCAGCUCAAGCAUCGGAGCUAAAAAGGUGAAAGCAGAAUGCACUCUUUUUAGGGAAUAUUGCAGGACAAGAAAUGGAGAAGGAUGCAGGAAGAGCUUCCAACAAAUGAAGAAAGAAUAUGCAAUACUGAGAAAGAAGCUUGAAACAUAUUUUCAGAUGGCAAGGCAAGCUGGGCCCAAAGAGACAGCACUUCGGCCCAAGUAAAGAGCUUGCAAUUAGAGAAAUGUGCUUUUCAUGAGGGAAAAUGUAAUUGGUGAAUUUUGUAACUAAGAAAAAUGCAUAUUUACCACCUUAGGAAAGGCAAUAUCACCCGUUUUGGGGUACUAUGCACAUGUUUCCAAAUGUUAAGAAAAGGAAUCUUUUUUCUAAAGUUCUA